AAUCGUUCACAUAGUGUAAUAGAAACAAGUGCAUUUCAACGAUGGUUUGGACACGUCCCGCUGAUGUUCCUUAUCCUGCAGUGUGGCACACCUUUCAGGCGAAAGACCUGGACAGCGAGGAACAGGUGACUUACGUUGUGCAGGAUUUACCGGAAGAACGGUUCGAGGAUGCUAUCAAACACAUGGUGGGCAUCUUCAUCUACGAUGAACCGAUGUGUAGGGCGAAGAAUCUAGCCGAGGAGCAGCGAAGCGUCGAUGAUAUUUACGACCUGUGGCGGGAAGUAGUGAAGCAGCGAUUGGCAUUGGUUUGCUUUAGAGAAGGUUCGGAUGAAAUUGUUGGUCUCAAUAUGACUUACGCUUCGUGUAAGGACGAUAAAAAGGACUACAUUAUACAAGGCUCCCGCUGGCGUGAUGUUCAUGAUGCCGUUAUGUACUUCACCGAACGCAGCAACGUGUAUGAAAACUGCCAGGUCGACGUGUACCUCUCGGCGUUAGGACUCUCCGUUACGCCCAAAUACCGCGGUCGUGGUAUAGCGACGGAGAUUCUACGGGCUCGCAUCCCAAUGUGUCGAGCCGUAGGACUCAAGGUUACCGCAACUGUGUUCACAGCUAUUGGGUCCCAGAUACCAGCCGCCAAAGUGGGCUUCGUCGAGUCAUUCGUUAUGGACUACGAAGAGCUGGCGAAGCUUGAAGCUAGAUUUACCUUUCCGGGUAUUCAGAGUCGCUUUUGUAAGAGUAUGACCCUAAGGAUUGAGUAGCAUUUGAAAUUGUUUUAUUAAACCAGAGAAAGUACAAGUGAGAAAUA